GCGCUGGGACUCCCUCCCUGGGGCUGAAACGCGGGCUGGCAGGAUGACGGAGCCGUGGGAGCACAGCGACGACUAUGACGACUUGGACCUCAACUUCACGGCGCCCGACUUCGAGGGUGCCCAGGCGGUGCAGCCCGCGCUGGCGCCCAGCUACGGGGCGGCGCUGGUGCUGUACGCCCUCGCCUUCCUCCUGGGCGUGCCGGGCAACAUCGCCGUGGCCUGGGUGGCCGCCGGCGAGCCGUGGCGCCGGCUGAGCGGCCUCUGCUUCCUGCACCUGGCCCUGGCCGACCUGCUCUGCUGCCUGGCCCUGCCCUUCCUUGCCCUGCCGCUGGCCCGCGACCACCACUGGCCGCUGGGCCGCUUCGCCUGCAAGCUGCUGCCCUCCCUCACCGUCCUGAACAUGUUUGCCAGCGUGCUGCUGCUGACGGCCCUCAGCGCGCACCGCUGCGCCCUGGUGACGCGGCCCGACUGGUGCCUGCAGCGCCGGGCGCCGGGGCUGGCGCGGGGGGUCUGCGCGGGCGCCUGGGGCCUGGCGGCGCUGCUCACCGUCCCCUCCUUCGUCUUCCGCACCACGCGCCGCGACGCCUUCUCCCACAAGGAGACCUGUGUGCUGGACUACGGGGCGGCCGGGCGCCGCGCCGAGCUGCUGGCUGCCGCCCUGCGCCUGCUCUGCGGCUUCCUGCUGCCGGCGGCCGCCAUGGCGGCCUGCUGCGGGCUGCUGCUGGCCCGGCUGCGCGGCACCGGCCGCCGGCCGCCCCGGCCCACGGCCGCGGCGCUGGCCAUGGCGGGCUGCUUCGUGGGCUGCUGGCUGCCCUACCAUGCGGUGCUGCUGGCACUGGCGGCCCACCGGCCCGGCACGGCGGCCUACGCCCGCGCCCAGGCCGCCCAGCCCCUGGCCGUGGCCCUGGCCUACCUCAACAGCGCCGCCGACCCGCUGCUCUAUGCGCUGGUGGGGCCGGGGCUGCGCCGGGCCGCUGGCCCCCCGGCCUCCCCGCCGGCCUCCACCGCUGUCACCGAGGCCCCGCUGUAG